AGUUGGCAUCAUCCUGUCAAGAGUUUGCCCAUUUCAACUUGAAAAACAUAAGAUUAGAGCAUUUCUCAUUCUCUGCUACUAAUAGCUUUAAUCUUCUCUUCUUCAUCUCAUCUCACUCUUUGUAAUAUGUCAAUAAGGGCAAAACUUGCAAUUUUGGGCCUCCUUGCCCUUGCUAAUGCUGUUAAUGCUGCAAGACGUGUCACCACGCCCUGCAAACCCUCUUCCUGCGGAGCUUUAACCAACAUCAGCAGCCCUUUCAGAUUAAAAGGCGACCCUCCCGAGUGUGGCGACUAUGAACUAGUCUGUGAAAAUAAUCGCACCAUUUUGCACGAUCCUGAUUAUGGAAGUUUCUAUGUUCAAGACAUCUUUUAUGAUGACUUGUUUCCUAUAAUUCGAUUGGUGGAUGGAAGUCUGAAGAGUGAUGAAUGCUCCAUUCUUCCCAAAUCCUUUCCAUGCGGAUCUGAUUAUAUGUAUUAUUUAAGUUGCAAAGUGGCCAUCAACUCUUCACUCUACGUAGAUGCCUCUCCUUGCGCCAACGCCUCCUUCUCUCCGCACCCUUUCUUUUAUGCUCUAGUUGGCGGAGACACACUCAACGCUACUGGUUUCCAUGAAUCCUGCACCAUAGAAGUCCAGGUUCCGCGACCCUUUCAGCUUCAGUCCUCCAAUAUCACCGGUCUCUCUAUUUUCGAUAUUCACCGGAUGUUUCUCAUGGGUUAUGACGUGCCGUGGCAUUGUGCACCUUAUGCUGGUUAUUUUGAUUCCAGCAACGAAAUUACACUUGGAAAGAUAUUUUGGUGGUUGGUUCGUAUCAUUCCAUAUUGUGUUAAAUUUUUACAAACAUUUUAUUCCCUCGGCAAUUUUCCGAUUCCAGCUCGCUCACAUACCUUUGCAGUGAACAAUGCAGUUAUCCCUACUGCUACUAUUAUCGUUAUUGAUCGUGAUUUCUUCAUAACCGUGGUUAUAUUCGAAAUCAUCACAGGAGUAUAUAUUUUUAUUAGAACUCUAUUGGGGGUUGCAUGCUUGAUUGCAGUUGUGCUAAUUAAAUUUCGAAGGAGACAUUUGUCUGUGGAUGAUACAAUUGAAGAAUUUCUUCAAAUGCAAAAUAAUUUAAUGCUUAUCAGGUAUUCUUAUUCCGAAAUAAAGAGAAUGACAAAAUGUUUUAAGGAUAAAUUAGGACAAGGUGGUUAUGGUUCAGUUUUCAAAGGAACGCUUCGAAGCGGGCGUCUUGUUGCAAUAAAAUUGUUAGAAAUGUCAAAAUCACAUGGGCAAGAUUUCAUCAAUGAAGUUGCCACCAUUGGAAGGAUUCAUCAUGUUAAUGUGGUACAAUUGAUUGGUUUUUGUGUAGAAGGAUCAAAACAAGCACUUGUUUAUGAUUUUAUGCCAAAUGGUUCUUUGGAUAAGAUCAUAUUUUCAGGAGAAAGAGACACCACUUUAGGUUGGGAAAAAACAUUUGAGAUUACAAUUGGUGUGGCCCGAGGAAUAGAAUACUUGCAUCGAGGAUGUCAAAUGCAAAUUUUACAUUUUGACAUCAAACCACAUAACAUUCUUCUAGAUGAGAACUUCACUCCCAAAAUUUCGGAUUUUGGCUUAGCAAAACUAUAUGCAGUAGAUCAUAGUAUUGUGUCUCUCACUGCAGCACGAGGUACUCUCGGAUAUAUUGCUCCAGAAUUGUUUUACAAGAACAUUGGGAGUAUCUCACGUAAGGCUGAUGUUUAUAGCUUUGGAAUGUUGUUACUGGAAAUGGUGGGCAAGAGAAGGAAUUUGAAUGCAUUUGCUGAGCAAUCUAGUCAAAUAUAUUUCCCUUCAUGGAUUUAUGAUCGAUUUGACAAAGAGGAGGAUUUAGAGUUAGGAGACGUCACUGAGAAUGAAAAGAAAAUUGUAAGGAAGAUGGUCAUAACUGCUUUUUGGUGCAUUCAGAUAAAGCCUACUGAUCGUCCUUCAAUCAGUAAGGCAUUGGAGAUGCUUGAAGGUGAGGUUGAGCUACUUGAGCUGCCCCCAAAACCUUUUCUAUUAUCUCUUGACAACUCAUCCAAAGACUUUGCAAGUAACAAUUUGGAAGAGGAGCCCACGAUGUCGACCCUUGAUGCCACCAUCAAGGGCAUGGAAGUGCCUCAAAUGUAAAUACUGAGAUUUAAAAUAUGGAACCUUUAGCUUUAAUCAGUUCUACUCCAUUGAAUUAAAUAUUCAGGUAUAAAAACUUUAAAAUAAUUGUGUUCAUGUAAUUUUAUUAUGUGUUAUUCUUGUAACCUUUUUUCCUAGUUUCAAUCUGAGUUGUGUCUUUAUUUAGUUUUAUUGUAAUCAAAUCCAAUGAAGUCAAAUUAAGAAUAACGUCUUUUUUAUACGUAGAAUUGUGGAUAUGCAAAAAUACAAAAUAUGUUACAAUAAUAAUUACAAAAAGGUCAGCCCAAGAAAAACAAACAAAUAGACAAAAAUAGUGAACCCAGUGUUUAUUUAUUACCUAAGUCUUUAACAAUUGGAAUGACCACUUUAAUACAAUGACUAGCCAUAAAGAAAACAGAGUUGAUGAAAAAAACAUCUCCUGAUUUAACAAAUUUGAAUAAAACUUAAUCAUUUAAUGUAAAGUUAAGUGCAUGUAUCUUGAUUAAUAAUUUGGGUUUGAAUUUUUUUUUUCUUCUAUUAAGGAUAAAGAAAAAAACGAUAGAAUAGGUUAAUAAAACAUGAUAUUUAGCAACAAUAAAGAUGGUCUGUUUAUUGGAAAAGGGCUGUCUUUGUUGUUGAUGAGUCCCUGUUUGCUGCCCAUUUAGGCUUGAAUCCCCCUUCACAUUUAUUAUCUAUAUAUAGAGAGAAAUAACUCUUUAAAUUCCCUCAUUUUCUCCCUCAAUUUUCCCAACAUUAAUACAGAAAACUAUAGGGUUUCAACGUAUGGACAAAAAAGGAAAGCUUACUCAAACCAGUUUCAGGUGCCACCUCAAGCACUCAACUACUCUCAUGUGCCCUAAUCAGACAACAUGCAGAAAAGUAUUGCCAUUUUAAGGUACUACAUCAUUCAUUUAUACUAUGAUCAAGAAGAAACAUGACUCACAUAAAACAUGAAAUGUGCCUGAAAUUCUCAAAUGACAAGACAGAAGGAAACCACAAAUUUAAGAUCAAAAUUCCAGUGCAAUCAAGUAUAUAAAAAGAAGAAAAGAAUGAUAGGAAAAAACUG